CACCGUAUCAUGAAAAUGGAUUUACGGACAGUGCUAUGUAGAACUCAGUUUAUGACUGAUUCAACCACCGGAAAUACUUGAAGUUUAACAUGGUGACCUGGCACAUAUCAAUGUCAACAUCAUGUGUGCAAAUGAACAACAACAGAAAUCAUGACUUCUGAACACAGGGCAGGCAUCCAGUCAUAUCAGUUCUUUACAAAGUUAAAACUUGGCCGACCGAUGCAGUGAAGAUGCUUGUGAUAAAGGACCUGUUUAAUUUUAAUUUUAAUUUUAAAACUGUCAAUUAUAUAAUGACUGCCAGUAUUUUAAAUGUAAUUGUACCUGUGAGGUUUUAGGGCUGACUUGUACAAUGGUUCGACAAGAGUGGAUUGUUGCACUACUGGCUGUAGUUCUGCAGUUGUUGUUGUCAUCGGCAACACUCCUGGAUAAGGUCGUCGCGACAUCUCAUGCUAAUUUCCCUUGCAAUGGAUCCCAGGGAUCUUCACCCACGCACACAGUGUCCAUGCAGUUCAGCACUUCCUCAGUAGACCAUGAAUACAUUGUGUCAUUCAAAGGCUAUUUCAAGAGUACUGCCAGGAAGCGGUUUAUUGCCUCAGCUCUUGCAGAGUCCAGUGUCACCUCGUGGAAUAUAAUCCCUCGCAAUAACCCAGCCAGUGAAUACCCUAGUGACUUUGAUGUUGUUAAACUGAUAGGUGAAGCUCGCAGUGGAGUGGAGGCCCUGCAGGAUCACCCAUUUGUGAAACAUGUGACAAGACACAAGAAAGUCACUCGCUCUCUCAAGUUCUCCAAAGUUGAUGAAGAUGAAGCUAAGUCACAAACGUUUCAUUCCCCCAGACCACUGAAGCGCAGUAGUUUAUCAAUGGGAGCUGCAUAUUACUUUUCAACCAACAGGCAUCGUUCAAGAAACCUGCUGAGAUCCAUACCUAAACAAAUUGUGACAGCUUUGCAAGCCGAGAUUUUAUGGAGUAUGGGCUUCACUGGAGCUGGUAUAAAAGUGGCAAUAUUUGACACUGGACUGGCAUCGGAUCACCCGCACUUCAAGAAAGGACGAAUCAAGGAUCGAACAAACUGGACAAAUGAGAAAACUUUAGAUGAUGGUUUGGGUCAUGGUACGUUUGUUGCUGGGGUGAUAGCCAGUGCCAAGGAAUGUCUUGGAUUUGCACCUGAUGCAGACAUCCACAUCUUCCGAGUUUUUACAAACAAUCAGGUAUCGUACACAUCUUGGUUCCUUGAUGCCUUCAAUCAUGCCAUCUUGAAGAAGAUCAAUAUUCUUAAUCUCAGCAUAGGAGGCCCCGACUUCAUGGAUCAUCCAUUUGUUGACAAGGUGUGGGAAUUGACAGCCAACAAAGUAAUCAUGAUUUCUGCUAUAGGCAACGAUGGACCUCUUUAUGGGACUCUGAAUAACCCAGCUGAUCAGAUGGAUGUUAUUGGUGUUGGAGGCAUUAAUUUUGAUAAUCAAAUUGCUCGCUUUUCAUCUCGUGGCAUGACUACUUGGGAGUUACCGGCUGGAUAUGGCCGCAUCAAGCCUGACAUUGUGUCUUACGGAUCUGCUGUGCGGGGAUCCGCUCUCAAAGGAGGGUGUCGAUCACUAUCUGGUACAAGUGUUGCUUCACCAGUUGUAGCAGGAGCAGUGACUCUAUUAGCCAGUGCUGUUGUUGAUAAGGUUGGAAUUCUGAACCCUGCCAGCAUGAAGCAAGCGUUGAUGGCAUCUGCCCGCCGACUGAUGGAUGUGAAUAUGUUUGAACAAGGGUUUGGCAAACUGGACCUACUAGGAGCAUACCGUACUUUGACUGCCUACAAACCACAGGCCAGUUUGAGUCCAAGCUAUAUUGACUUGACAGAGUGUCCUUACAUGUGGCCAUAUUGUACUCAGCCUAUCUACUAUGGAGGAAUACCAGUUAUUGUCAAUGUGACCAUACUGAACGGAAUGGGAGUGUCUGGGAUGAUCAAGCCAAAGCCUAAAUGGGAGCCGUAUAGUCCUCAGUUUGGCGGUCACAUUGAGGUAGCAUUCUCCUACUCGCCUAUUCUAUGGCCGUGGUCUGGAUUCCUGGCUGUCUCCAUAUCAGUCAGCAAAAAUGCCUCCCACUGGGAGGGAAUAGCUCAGGGACAGAUAACUCUGACUGUGGAGUCACCUCCAGAGGCCAAUGAACACAAACCAAGAAGAUCUGUUAUAAAGUUGCCAAUACGUGUCAAAAUUAUACCCACUCCUCCACGGAGUAAGAGAAUUUUGUGGGACCAAUUUCACAAUCUUCGAUAUCCUCCAGGCUAUUUUCCACGAGAUAAUCUACGUAUGAAGAAUGAUCCACUCGAUUGGAAUGGAGACCACAUACACACCAACUUCAAAGACAUGUAUCAACACCUACGAAAUAAUGGAUAUUUUGUGGAAGUCCUCGGAUCACCAUUUACCUGUUUUGAUGCUAGUCAGUACGGCACACUGCUUAUCGUGGACAGUGAGGAGGAGUAUUUCCCGGAAGAAGUGACCAAACUGAAGCGAGACAUCGACCAGGGCCUGUCGAUCAUCGUCUUCGCUGACUGGUAUAACGUGUCCGUCAUGAAGAAAGUCAAGUUCUACGAUGAAAACACCAGACAGUGGUGGAUGCCGGAUACAGGAGGAGCUAACAUUCCAGCUACCAAUGAUCUCUUAACACCACUAGGAAUGGCUUUCAGUGAUCAAGUGUAUGAAGGCGACUUUACUAUUGGAGACCAUGAAAUGUAUUAUGCAUCUGGGGCCAGUAUAGCCAAGUUCCCUGAGGAUGGUAUUCUUGUAACACAGUCAUUAAAGAAUCAAGGAUACGAGGUGCUGAAGGGUGACACAAAGAUGGUGGAUUUUGUUCCAAUACUCGGCUUGUACCAGACGAAGGCGAAACCUGGCGGUGGGCGAGUUGUCCUGUACGGGGAUUCGAACUGCCUCGAUACCAGUCACAUGCAAAAAGACUGUUUCUGGAUGCUCAGCGCUUUGCUAGAAUACACAGCAUACAGAGUUUUACCGCCAGUGUUUGCCAACCAGGACAAAGUGGUCUUACCACCAGCUGUCGAAUUGCCAGAUAGGAUGGAAGGAAACCACCUCCACCGCUAUUCGAAAGUAAUAGAGGGACAUCUCGGCACGGCCCGAUCGCGGCCUCUUUCACCGUGUCCACAUCUCGUCUGGGCCCAUCCACACACACUCAACAAAUCAGCACCAACAAAUUUAUACCAGCACCAGAAACUGAUGUCUGUGGGAGGCCUAGAUGCCCCACUGCCUCCACUGAACAAACUGGGGAACCCUAUGCAGCCUCACAUGGGCCGGAUCAACGACAAGCCCGGCUCGAUGCUUAACUUUCAGUUCAAGGGAAGCCAGCUGGUUCAAGACAGCUCAAACUUUUUCCCAGUCAUUGCAUUUAUCGGCACGGGACUCGUCCUGCUGUUUCUAGUUAAUCAGUAUUAUCGCGGUCGGGCUCGGCCAAAGAGGAAGCGCCCGAAACCACGACGGUUACAACAGUUGAUUUAUGGAGUAAAGCCUGGUGUUUAACUGUUUAAAAGUGGGAUUAACUUGGAAACUUGAUUCUCUUCCAGAGUAUAUGUGUGUGUGUGUGUGUGUGCAUUAUUUGUAAUAAAACUUUGGUAUUCAAGUCGAUCAUUCUCAGCAGCUACAAAUUGAGCAAAAACAUGUUGGAAUUCCAGCAUGCUGUUUGGGUGUUAUCUUCUAUAAUUAUACAAUUGUGAUGGAUAUGUUGGUGAAAUAUCUGUUCAGAAUGGUGCGAUGUUAAAGAGGGUUUUGAAGUGUAAUUAUUAUAAUUACGUUAAUCACGAUUGCAGUCAAUGGAUAUUUUCAAAUCUUUAUCCGUCCAUAGAUUCAUCAUUAAUAUAUAUACAUCAUUUUUUCUUUCUUCUUUUUUAAUAACAAUUCUUUCUUGAGUAUGUCAUUACAAAUAUUUUUAUAAAUUUUCUCAUAUAUUUGUUUAGUUUUGUAAUGUUUAAGGCUUUCAGGAGCCAAGUGUUAAAUGUGUAGUAUGCAUUCAAUCAUCUUGUUAAACUGGCUCGUUUCACUGAUAGUUUUCAGUGCGUUGACAACUCUGAUCUUUUCAGUGUAUUUUUACUGUAAUUAAUAAGUCCAGUGUUCAAACUGGACCAAAUUGUGUUUUUUAGCAAUUUGGAUAAUUUUGUUUAAAAAUCAAUGUCGAAUUCAAGUUUUUUUUUACUAGUCACGAUUAAAAAUUCACUAGCCCUAUUUUAUUUUAAGUUAAUACAAUUUUACUAAAUAAU